AUGACUUCAUUGAAGCUGUGCUCGGCGACUUGUCUUCUGACAGUGACAAGGAUCGUGACCAUGCCUCCUCGCAGGCAGCCGAGCAGACAGGUUCAGCAGACAGCCGCGGGCAUCGACCCCGACCUCCUGACAAAACGACGAAAAAAGCAUCUCGACGAGCUCGAGAGAUCAAACUACAGCGAGCCCUCGGCGCCAUAUGCUGCGCUUGGCCUCGACGACGACGACGACGACGAAGGCGGGGGUGGGCGCACCGCCAAGAGCCGCGCGCGCCAGACCAUCUCCGACAAGCGCAACUGGGGACGCAAGAAGAAGUCGACGAUGAACGUCCGGACGGCCAUCCUGUACAAGAAGAACCUGGCGACGCUGAUCGACGAGUCGGGAAUCGCUGAUCUUCCGCCGGACGUGCCUACGUAUUUGACGGCUGUCGUUCCACCUCCACCUGAGCCUCCGCGUAUGAUCUGCACCGUGUGUGGCUACUGGGGCGCGUACAAGUGCAAGAAGUGCGCAGAACCGUAUUGCGACAUGAAUUGCGAAUCUGUACAUAACGAGACGCGGUGCGAACGUAGGGUCAUAUAA